AGAAGAAGACGAGCUGACAAAUCUCAACUCGGUUGCGGAGCUGCCUGCAUCAUCUGCCAAGCGAGCCAGGAACCGACUAACAGAACCCGAGGAACAAAAAUGGCGUUCACAUUCGCGGCCUUUUGUUACAUGCUCGCGCUGCUGCUCACGGCGGCGCUUAUCUUCUUCGCUAUCUGGCACAUAAUAGCAUUUGAUGAGCUGAAGACUGACUACAAGAAUCCUAUAGAUCAGUGUAACACGUUAAAUCCGCUGGUUCUCCCAGAAUAUCUCAUCCAUUUCUUCUUCUGCGUGAUGUUCUUCUGUGCGGCCGAGUGGCUCACCCUCAGUCUCAACUUACCGCUGCUGGCUUAUCACGUCUGGAGGUAUAUGAGCAGACCCGUGAUGAGCGGUCCAGGACUCUACGACCCAACCACCAUCAUGAAUGCGGACAUCCUGGCGUUCUGUCAAAAGGAAGGCUGGUGCAAACUGGCUUUUUACCUGCUGUCAUUCUUCUACUAUCUCUAUGGGAUGAUUUAUGUUCUGGUGAGCUCUUAAGCUGGAGGACAAGGACCUACCUGCAUGUACAGUAGACGGCCAGACACUAAGACCUUAGUGCUGGAACACUGGACCUGCUGGAGACCGCCGAUCAGCAACAAAAGACGCCAUUUCAAGCGGACGAACUCUCGACACCCCUCCCCUCCAUUUAGCCCGUUUUAAGAGAAUAUCUCGGCCGCAGCGUUCCACAGCACUAUAGUUUUUUUUUAAUUAUUUUUAAUAUAAAUUGUGUGAUUUUUUUUUUUUUUUUUUUUUUUUUUUUUGAUGCUUGGAAUUUAAAAAAAAAAAAAAAGUUCUUCCCCCUCAUCUUGUGUUUACAAAAAUUGUAGGUAGACAUUUUCAGGUGUGCAUUUAUGUGAGAAUCUGAGCCGCAUUAAUUUUUUAUUUUUUUUUAUUUUACCUGUGAAUUAGAUUCCGUGGCCUCGACGUCUAAUUUAUCACCUGCAGCGUGAUUUCAUAAUCAUUGCGGCGAACAAAUGGUCAAACGCAAACCACACUUCUCGUUAUCGCUCACAGAUGCAUUACGGUCUUUUUAAAAACGGAGGGCGGGGGCUGAAGAGCGGGGUUGGGGGGGGGGGGGGUUGUCAUCACUUAGUGAAACGUGUUGCACGGGGACAAUCACAACCUGGUUGUCACGUUGUUUCUUUUUAGAACCGUCUGAUGUAUCCGCUCCAUACUUCAGAUAAUAUCCAUCAUCAUCAUUUACACAACGUAAUCCCUGUUGAACUCAAUGGCAAUAUUUAAGUGUGACUCCAGCGUAGCCGGCAGUGUGUUGACCUGUAUUUGUGUAGAAUCGCUCUCGCAGCUAUCAAUAAAUUAGAAGGUAGACUCAACGGUACAAUAAUGUAGUCGAGCAUUAGGACGCGUUAUUCUCAAGAGUAUGCCAGUGUUUAUUUAUUCAAUGUUUUGAAUUUUACUUAAAAGAUAUCAAGCACUCCAAAUACGCACGCUGUGUCGGGUCUUUUCCAGUCAUCAAAUCUGGAGCGGGAUGUUUUUCUCAAUAGAAUGGAGGCUAUUAGACAAACAUGUUCAUAAAUACCAGAGUAUUUAUUGCCAUUUUUCAAGUGUGUGUGUGUGUGUGUGUAUAUUUAUCAGGGAAAGCAAUGGUAAUUUGUCACGGAUAACAUCAACAUUUUUUUAAUGUAUUAGAUUCCAUCAUUUCACAUCUAGGAAACAACAACUUGAGUUUAUUUUAAUCUAAAUAAAACUAUCCCACUCUGUUAUAAUGGACUGGAGUGUUGUUUUAACUCAUGUCCUUUUCACGAGUGGCAUAAAUACAUAUUCUUGUUAGUGGAGUGGCUAAUAAACAAUGUUAUGAGAACUAAUGUGGAGCAGAAAAGUACUGAUUUUUGCUGCUACAGAUUUAGAGGAAGGAUGGUAUUUCAGAAAAUUCAGCUCAUUGGACAUCAACAAUAAAAUAAACAGACACACAGCGGGAGACCUUUUCCCAGUUGACAUCUUCAGCAAUUAUGACAAACUUUUAUUUAUUUUUUAACGCUAACAUGUUGUAAACUUGCCAAGAGGAUAUCCUCAAGGCUUUUAAUUGGAUUAUAAUGAGGAGAAAACAAAGCAAUAUAUUAAGAGUAUUCUGUUAAAGUGCAGUCAUUAGAGAAUACAAUUACAUAUCACACACAAUGAGGAGAACUCUUUCACGGAUUAGAGGCGUGAUCACCGGGACACCGAGCGCUCUGUGGACACCGCUCGGCUUUCUUGGUACGCCGCGUACUUUUCCCGAAACUCGUGGAGGAAGUUGUAUUGCUACAGGGAAAAAAAAGUUGAAUUACGGUCUUAAUUAAAUUUCUAAACAGUUGAAACUUGCUUGACAUUGGGUGGAAUAUUGUCACUUAUAUUUCUAUGAUUGCAUCCAUGUUUACACCAUACAGGUCUGGGUCCUUCUCAAUAGAGAACUUUGACUUUGACAUUUUUAAAAUAUGUCCCCCAAUAUUUGUUUUGUAACAAACAAUAAGUAGCAUUUUUAACAGGACAACUUUGUGUAGGAUUUGGUAGCAUCUAGUUCAAUUUUCUCACAACAGCAAUUGAAUCAGAAACUUUUAAUCUUUAAACUCUCAUGUCGAAGCGCUGUCACAGGGAUCCAUUACGGUAUUUAUCAAACUGGGUCUUAUUUUCAUAAUUACUGGAAACUUAACUUUUUUUUUUUUUUUAAACUCAUAAAUAAUGUAAUAAUGAGAAGUGGGAGCAAAUUCAAGAAAACUAACUGCAGUGGCUGGUUAUCCAAGAGAGGUCACUUACCAUAAUAUUAUUAUGAACAAGAAUAUGCCGACGAACUAAAUAAAAUGGAAGAAUUUAAUGGAGGAACAUUUAAAAAUAUUCCCCGCUUAUUUCAUUAUUAAAUCAACAAAAUUAUAAUUUCUUUAUAUCUUGAGCAAGUGAAUAAAAAGUUAUGAAAUCAACAUCAACACUUAUGAUAUUCCGGCUGCAUUAAUGCUAAAUAUCGACAUGUUUUAAUGAGGCAAACAUUUAAAAGCCGUGCGGUUCCUUAACAACAGAUCCAUACAGACCUUCACGGUCUGUAUGGCUCCUCCUCCUCGGUGCUCCCUCAGGAUUUCGAUGGCUUUGUUUGCCGUCAUCGUGAGAGAGAGCUGGAGCAGCAGACAGGCAGCGACUGAGAAACACGAGACAUCAGGCUUUUUAAAAUAAAAAGAAGAAAAAAACACUGAUCUGGUUUGAUAUGAAAAAUGACACAAAGAACAACUUUCAAAGUAAAAGGAUAAGUAAAAUAUUCGUACUUAAUCCGGAGCGUCCCAGGCCUCCGUAGCAGCUGAAGGGGGAAGGAGG